UCUACAUACAAGCCGGCGUAGAAACCGGGUGCAAAUUUUGUAGUUUUCCAAUGUAAACACAAAAAAUACAGACAUUAACAAAAUUUCCAGAAGAAAAGAGGGAUAAAAAUUCUGUGAUCGUCGAGUCUUUGCCUUUGCGACUAAAAUUUCCCGAUCCGAGUAAACAGGAGAGAGAGAGGGAGAGAGACGUGAUGGUGAUUCUAGGGUUUCAUGAACGAUGGAGUUCUGAAGCGAGUGCUGAAUAUUAUCCACGGUUCCCUAUCUCAAAUUUCAACUGCAACCCUUGACCUCCAAAUCAUUGCCAUGGAUCAAUUUGCUAUGGUGGAAGAAUUGGCUUUUCUUAUUAAAGAUAACUUACCUUGUAAGCAUCUUAUUCUUUCAAUGGAAGAUAUCCUAGUCGAAUUCCUUCAACGAAAUACAUGCUUCGAGGCUGUCUUGGAGCUUGUACCAAUGAAUCCUUACCACCGCAUGCUUCUACAUCGUCUUGCAGAGAUUUUCGGGUUAGCACAUGAAUCUGUUGGUGAAGGAGAAGAUCGCCAUUUAAUUCUGGAGCGUUGUGAGAAUUCGUUGAUUCCGGCUAUCCUUGUCAGCGAUAUUCUUUGGCAGCAUGAUGAAUAUCAGUCACCAAAGGCAGUACAACAACUGUUAAGAAGAACAGAAAUUUCACCAAGUACAAUGACAAGCCAGUGUUCUUCUAAACCACCCACGCAGUCCCUCAAGGAGAAAGAAGCUGCUUAUCUGGCUGCUCGUGAACGUAUUUUUUCUCUCAAGGAAGAUGAUGUCGAGCCAAAGGAAUUGGUUCCCCCAAAACCAAGGAAUGUUCCUGUGGUUGCUCGUAGAAUGAUUGCUCAUGCAUUGGGCCAAAGGAUGAAUCCAGCAUCACCUCAAGAGAAGCCUGCCCUUCCCAAUGCUGCACAAAGACAGAAUAAGGACUUCAGUGAGAGAGAAAAGUAUGGGGUUUGUUCUCAUGAUUGUUCGAGUCAAUUCCCAAGCAUUAUUGAGACGAAGAAGAACAGUAGCAGAAUAUUGAGUGGUUCAGGUCCUCUGAACCUAACGAGUGAAAACAAUAGCAAAGGAGGAGGCAUGGAUAUCUUGGAGCAAACUCAAUUAAGAGCAGCUAAAAGAUUGUUUGCACAGGCUCUGGGAAAGAAAGAAAGAAUUAUAUCAAGGACAAAAGCGCAACAAGGAGAACGGGUGAACUAAUUGGAAACUGGCACUGGAUUCUGCAUUUUAAGUGAAGGGCGGCUGUUGCGAUGGCUGGCAGAGCACCACCACUCUUCCCUCCACUGGAGGAUUUGUUACGUCACCCUUCCCUCCCAUGGGACGUGUUACAUUUGUGAUGGGAAGUGAUGGUGCUCCUAGAGAGAGAGAGAGAGAGAGUGAGAGAGAGAGAGAGAGAGAGAGCAAUUGGAUGAAUGAGAGGGUGGCCUGCAUCGGAUGAGCUUCAAGGGUCAUGUCUUGUAAUAAAUGAGGCUAGGGCCAAAAGGUCGGAAGAAGUGUUUCGGCUGUAGGGGAAUGGAUGCUGUCCGUUGUUUCCCAUGUUUGUUUACCCACACUUUUGAUAUUCUGAACUGAAACAUGAGUGGGAAUAUAGGGUUGUGCAUAGUUGGGAUUUUUGCUGAUGCAUGGUUAGGGUAACCAAAACUGGGUUUGAACAGUAGUGUUGAAUUCUUAGAAGGUAUUCAUUCUAGUUCCUUAUGUGCAAA